AUGUUUCCUCAUCUAAUAUCCGUCUUGGUGCUACUCCAUUUACAAACCCAAGCUACAAAUGCAGCAACACUAGACUACUAUCCACAGGCACCAUUGAUUGGCUGCUAUUCACUGCUUGGAUCCUCCUCGUCUUCAAAAUCAACAUACCAAUGGCAAAGUUCAGGCUAUUGCUCGCACCAGCUUUGUCCUCAAGCACAAUACAUUGCCAUCAAGGGCGCAGAAUGUAUAUGCUUAUCGAGUUUGCCCAGCUCUUCCAGCAAUGGUAACUGUAAUAUACCAUGUCCCGGUUACAACAAGGAAAUGUGCGGUGGCUCCUCAGAUUAUUCAGUGUUUUAUGGCGCUGCUUAUGAUGGAAAUAUUAAUAGGUCAUCAUCAUCAUCAUCGUCAUCAUCACCAUCAUCUGGCUCUUCCUCAUCAUCUGGUUCUUCUUCAUCAUCUGGCUCUUCUCCUUCAUCUUCUUUGGGAAGUGGCUCACCAAGCUCGACGAUUACAUCUGCAGCAACUACAUUAACUUCAGUGCCAUCAGCUUCAACUAUUACUAGUACAAUCACAACAAGCGACGAACAUGGACAAGUUGUAUACCAAACACUCACACAAACAGCCUCGGGAGACCCCGAUUCUGCUGCUGCGACAACAAGCAGUGAUUCUGCUUCAUCGACUCCAUCGUCUACAAACAACGAUGCUUCAUCAUCGCCCUCGACUCCCGCUACCUCGGAUGCCAACGACCAGAGGAAAUCGUCGGUGGGACCAAUAGUUGGCGGGGUUGUCGGUGGCGUAGUCGGUGUCGCCAUCAUUGCAGCACUCGCCUUCUUCUUGAUCCGGAGAAGAAACAGAUACGACGACGACGACGACGACAAUUAUAGUUACGACGACGAUGCCGGCUUCUACUCGCAUGACAAGUUACAAGCUGGAUUGGCUGGCGUGUCACGCGACCACGGCUCCAGAAAAUCACACAAGAAACUGCAACAGGAAUCAGCCAACCACCAUCACCACCCAUUGGACACGCCCGUGGUUAACCCAUUCCAUCAUCCACAUGAUGCAAUCGUCAACAAAAACGCCGGCGUCAGUCUACAAGGACACGGCGACAGUGGAGUCAGACGUCCGCAAAAGGCCCAAGGCGGAGUAGAGGGAUUUGUCGAUCCGAGAUUGAACCCGAUCAUGGUGGGCAGACGCCGAUUGAGUGAAGACUCGUUUGCUGAUGCUGCUGAUUACACACACCGGAAAGUCUUGCAAGUUAUCAACCCAGAAGAACGAAGAUCCCAAGCCUGGCCCUGA